AAACCCGCCAACGACAAGUGUAAUUAAAUAAAGAAACAAUAGAUGCUUACGUAAAUCAAGUUGAUUAUACAAAUAUUAGUUCAAAAAGAGAAUCGGACCGCCGGAUCGUAUGAGUCUGAGGAGGUAUGGAGAGGGUCUCCGCUGCCCUUUCCAAAUGUUGACUAACAAGAUUCCUAAACCACCCAUCAAAACGUGCUCAUAGGGUUUACCAGUGUGUGUUCGAUUUGCUUUGUUUUAUAGUAUGCGUUGUGGUCAUAUGACAAAGAGACUAUCUUAAAAAAAUCUGAAAACUUGUGAAAUCGAAUGCGACAUGGAAAAACCAGAGGCUAGCACGGCGGUCGGUGUACCUGAAAAACAGAGCUUUGGAAAAUAUGAGAGUUUUGAGGAUUAUAAAAGGGUCCUUCUACAGUCAAUAAUGAAUUUUACGGCAGCCGCGAACAAAUUGCCCCCACCCGGUCAGGAACAUGAUUAUUAUAGUAGUUUUCCGCUCUUCAAACGCGUUAUGGGGGCUGAAGGACAGGCCAUUAUGGAAAUGAUGUCUUCGUUGGCUAGUCAACAGGUCGGCAAGCAGAACAUGUUCCAAGCAGAGGGCACCGACUUUGAUGAAAAGGUGGACCUUCUUACUGAGGUUAAUGAUGUUCUUCUUGAGCGAGCAGGAAUAUCGCUUGAUGUAGCUAAAGGUGUAAAACAGGAGCAAAGCGAACUUCAGCUUGCUACAGUGUCAAAACAGAUCGAUACAAUUUGGAAUCGAAAAAACGACAAGGUGAAACGUGAUUCUGCUACAUCAAUAACUCUUCUAACGGCUAAGAAUGUAACUCGACCCCAGCUAUCAUUUCCGGAGAAAAUUGACAACUCCAAUUCUUUGUUCGUUCCUAUCAUUAAGGAGAAGCCGAAUGCCAAAAAGCCGUUAGCAAUACUAAUCGAAAGACACGAAGACGGUCGAGAAGUAUACAGUCAUCCAUACGAAGUAGAAAUUGAAACGUUCCAGCCCAGUGAAGAGCACAUCGCUCAUAAUGUCAAAGAUUCGCUAUCGAUGGCUGAUACACCGCUCCACAUGGUGAACACGUCGGAAGCCAUUGACGAAAUGAUGGCUCAUUUACGAAUUCAGAAAUGCAUCGCAAUUGAUCUCGAGCAUCACUCUUUUCGUUCAUUUCAGGGUUUCACAUGUCUAGUCCAGAUUUCUACAUGGGAGAAAGACUAUAUUGUCGAUCCUCUAGUACUGCGAGCUGAACUGCAUAUUAUGAAUGAGGUGACAACAGACCCACGAAUCGUGAAAGUUCUACACGGUGCUGUUAGUGAUGUACAAUGGCUUCAACGUGAUUUUGGCAUCUACAUAGUGAACCUAUUCGACACUGGCGUAGCUGCUAAACUUUUGAACUUUGAGCGAUUGUCAUUAAGCUAUCUUCUUAAAUAUUAUAUGUCAGUGGAGGCGGACAAACGAUUUCAACUAGUAGACUGGCGUAUUCGACCUCUACCUGAGGAAAUGAUCGCGUAUGCCAGAGGGGACACCCAUUAUUUGUUACCAAUUUUUGAGCGAAUGAAACGAGACUUAGCUGAUGCAUCCAAUACACAGGGCAAUUUAUUACGUGCAGUAUGGGAACGUAGUUCACAGAUUUGUUUACGGCGUUAUGAGAAGCCGCUGCUUACUGAAGAUAGCCACCUACAGCUGACGAAAGCUAGUCACAAAAAAUUGAACGAUAAACAAAUGUAUGCAUUAAAGCAUCUUUACGCAUGGCGGGAUCGUUUAGCCAGGGAACAUGACGAGAGCACCGGGUACGUUCUACCGAAUCACAUGUUAUUGCAAAUGUGUGAAGUGCUUCCUCGCGAGAUUCAAGGUAUUAUCGCUUGUUGCAACCCUUGUCCGCCACUGGUCAAACAGCAGCUCCACGAAUUGCACCAAAUCAUUCUGAAAGCCCGUGAAGUUCAACUAAGCAAUCCGAUUCUGAACGCCCCAAAAUUAGAAAUACCUGUGCCAUCUACGUUGCACAUGUUCGACAUGGACAACAUGCUUCAUAUUGUACAUGACAUCCCCGUGGCGCAUGCCCACGACGAUACUCAUGUUCGACUACCAACACUUAUAGAUGAUAACGGUGAACUGAUAAGAAGCGAAGAAGGCAAAUCACUUAGUGACAGCGGUGUACCUAUCACGGUGCCUCGCCUGAGGCAUUCGGCUCUCUUUCCACAUUGGGAAGAAGCGGAUCAAGUAAAAAGGGCGCGUCUCCCACGUAAUCUAUAUGUGCAGCGGACGCCGGAAGGACAGGUUCAACGUCUUCGUAUGAUUACGCCCUAUGAAAGAUACGUGAAAGAAGUGGAACGAGCCGAGCUUGAACGUGAUUCUCUUAACAAGAUGCUUCAGGAGGCAAGAGAAAACGCUGAACUCUGUCAACCACAGGAGUGUGAGACAUCGCAAAAUUCGACUGCCCCGAAAGAGCAGUCUUCGGAAUGCAUUCAAGACGAAGAAGAUGAAAAAGAUUCGGAGAUCGACGAAGAAUUCGGGGAAAAAUCACAAGAAUCGGAGCCUACCGUCAUCCGAGGGGCGAGGUCGAGAAAACGAAAACGGGAAGAACCAUCAAUUCCGUUUGCUGGCGGCGAGGAAAUUAGUUACGCGAAUACGCAAACGUCGAAGUUGGAGAGGAGAAAACGAAAAAAACAGAGACAACAGCAAAAGCAACGCGAACAGACUCAACCGUUCAACUAUGCUGGGGCCAUCGCCGAACAGAGUCAGCAGCCAAGAAAGCACCAAAAUCAACAAUAUAACAACAGAGACAAUAGGCAAGAUGGACAUUUAGGAUCAGGCAGGCGGGGCCAAGGAAAAUUCUACAAUCAAGAACGGAAUCGUCAGAGACAGCAAUUUGACGAUAUGGAGGAACUCGGCCAAGCAGCGUCAAAUUCAGAGCAUCCUGGUAGUAGGGGUGGAACUAACGACUGGGGUAAUCCAGUGAGAGGGGAAAUUCAAAAGGUCCGUAGAAAGCACAAAUUCCAUGGAGGCAACCGCAGCAUGAUUGUGUCCAGAAGCGGUGGUCAGGACGGUGGGGUCUCAUCUAUGAGAUGGCCUUCGAAAUAAUAAGAGUAGCGAUGCCUUAAGUAACAGGGUGUCAUCGCUUAGGAAACUGAGAGGCAUUGAAUAGGCUGCUCAUUAUGCCCUGUUUUUUUUUUUAUAUACUGACACAUCUCGCUCGCUCAUUAUUUAGGCAUAUUGAAGUAUGACAAUUGAAUUAAAUUUGCCAUCAGCUUCGAUGGUAAUUCCUCAUGCUAACUGAAACAGUACCGAAGACAAGGUACUGGAUAGUAAAUACGAGAAUUUUAAAGUAAAAUUCGGAAAAAAACUAAAGAAGUAAAUUAUUGUUGCUCGAAAUGGUACAUCUAUGGUGACCGAGCGAAGCUGUACACCUGAAACUAGAGACCUAAGUUAAUAACGAAAAUGACUAAUAUGAAUUAAGUGGUACUAUUUAUGACAACAUAAAGUGAAGAUAUAUAUAGAUCUGUAUUGAGGUGCUGCUUCCUACAGCACACAGAAAGAACAUCUACUUAGACAUUUUUGUCUUGUAUUAAAAUAUAAAGAACGUUUCAAACUGCAGGCGUAUUAUAAUCGAAAAACUAUCUGAACACCGUAAGUCAUGGCUUAUUUUAAAGCUGCUUGCCCUCGCAGGUUAAACUACACGCUUUCAAGGAUGUAGGCCCAAAUACUAGCCAUAAAGCAGUGGCAUGCACUGUGUAACAACUUGGAAACAUAUGUGUUGCAUUAAUUGUAUACUUAUGUACCAUGGAAAAUAUCUUUAGUUCUACACUCAUCGUGUAAAAAUGUGGAUGUAUGUAAAUAUAAGAAAUACUAAUUCGUUAUUUUUGGUGAAUUAAAGGAAUUCGUUUUUUAAUUUAGUAGUAUAGUGCCAAAAAUAAACAACCUGUCUGUAUACGAGUUAGUCGUCAUUAAAGUUACAAAUCAUCGAAUGACACUUGUCCGCGUAUACAUACACCUCGAUCAUGUUUUAUGGAGGUAACUUUGGCUUGAGUGUGUAUGUUAGAAGGAGCAAUAAAGCAGUUAGAAUGGUAACAAGUGACAAGUGGGCAUAACUCUUGCACUUCCCAGAUUCGACGAUUUUGUCGGCUUUAAAUUAUAGCACUAUAGUUUUCUCCCCACUAAAAAGGUUGAUAAUAUUAUUGAAUUCGUUAGCUUAUAGGAGUCUAGCUCAAAAUUGCUUUAUAAAAAGCAAUUUUAAAAAGACUAAAAAAUAAUAAAAAGACUACAAGCAGUCUUGUUGUCCAAGGCAUGUAGUAGAUUGAAGUUUCUUAUGUGCUAUGAAUACCGAGCUUUUAGGAAGAGGCCGCGUAAGCUCAAGAAAAAACUCAGCCUGAGUUGCCAGCCUCAUUUUAUAAUAUGCACGUACUGAAUAUGGUGGAUACAGCAUCAUAAUAUGUACGCGCUCAAUAUAACAAGAAUCUACGGAAUGCAGGAGAAUUCUGUAAACAUAUCUAGCAAGUCCAGUAUUUUCGAAAGUUCGUCUCUUCCUCCAGCGAAAAGUUGAACAUCUACAAUUUGUUGAUGAAGAAUACUGUAAUUCAUAGAAAAUUUUUAAUUAAUCUAGUAAUAAUUUCUUGCAAUCUGUUGUAAUAUGAGGGUAAAUAGGUACAGUAAAUUCUUCAGAGCAGUUAAUUUCAUUCAAUGUCACGCAAUACCAGAUA